UACGUACGUAGAUAGUUUCGGAUAUAUGCAAGAGAGGCCCCAGUUUCGAGUGCUCACUUUUUUAGGCUAAGCCUGGACCCUGGUGGUUAGGGGCUUACUCCCUAUGCUUUCUUAACUCGUAACGAUGAGUAAGGUGGCUAAGGAUGCGUAUUCAGAGCUGGUGAAGCGACUUGAUGAUUAUUAUCACAUUGUUAAAAACCAGAUACUACAUCACCAAUGUCCCACCAUUGGAAUGUUUCCGUCUGACACUGGUGGAAAUGAGAUAAAAGUGCGAGACAGUGUGUAUUGUGCAGCUGCUAUCUGGUCUUUAGCGCUUGCUUACAGAAAAAUUGACAACGAUCAAGGGCGAACUUAUGAACUUGAACAAAGUGCUGUGAAGUGUAUGCGUGGUAUUCUCUAUUGUUACCUCAGACAAGCUGAUAAGGUUGAGAAGUUCAAGAAAGAUCAAAAUGAGAACCAUGCCCUCCAUUCCAAGUUUGUUCCUGGAACCGGCGACGCUCUUAGUGGAAGGCACCGACAUCUGCAAAUUGAUGCUGUGUCAUUGUUCUUGUUGUAUAUUGUCCAAAUGAUCUCAUCAGGCCUACAUAUCAUUUAUAGCAUGGAAGAAGUAGUAUUUAUACAGAACAUUGUGUACUAUGUGGAGAGGGCAUACAGAACCCCAGACUAUGGCAUGUGGGAGAGAGGAAGUAAAUACAAUACUGGAAAAUGUGAACUUCAUGCAAGUUCAGUCGGGAUGGCAAAAGCUGCCUUAGAAGCUAUCAAUGGUUUCAAUCUAUUUGGCAAGGAGGGUACAACAUGGUCAGUAGUUUAUGUUGAUGUGGAUGCGCACUUUCGCAAUCAAACCAUCAUGGAGAGUCUCCUUCCUAGAGAAAGCAGUUCAAAGAAUACAGAUGCAUCUUUGUUACCCAUGUUAAGUUUCCCGUCAUUUGCAAUUGAUAAUCAACAGCUGUGCAAAAGAACAAAAGAGAAAGUGCUUCGUAAGUUAGAAGGAAAAUAUGGCAUGAAACGGUUCCUACGGGAUGGGUUUAGCUGUGUUCUUGAGGACAAGAAUCGGCGGUACUAUAGACAAGCUGAGAUUAAGCUAUUUGAUGGAAUUGAAAGUGAAUGGCCAAUGUUUUAUGCUUACAUGGUGAUUGAUGGUGUUGCUAAGGGAGACGAAGACCAAGUUGAAGAAUAUUACGAGAAGAUGAUGUCGAGUUGCAUAGAAACUAAAGAUGGAGGACUUAUUAUGCCAAAGUGCUUCAUCGUACCAGGACAUUGCGUAGAUGAGGAAAAAGCAGAACCAGGGAGUCAGAGACGCUAUCCUAGCAACAAUGACAAAAUCUUCCUUUGGGGUCAGUCAAUUCUAAUCAUCGCCCAACUUCUAAAAGAAAAACUUGUAGAUAUGGGAGAUGUAGAUCCAAUUGGUCGUUACCUUGGCAACUCAGCUGGACGUAAACACAAGCACAACACCAGAUACUCUGCUUUUGAGGGUACACCACCAGACUUGACCGUUCAGAUGGUACUCAUUGCAGAGAGUGCGCGGCUUCAGGCCACCCUAGCCACCUACGGCAUUGUUACGCAGACACCUACCCAGGUUGAACCAAUAGAGAUUUGGCCUCCAAGUGAACUUGUUAAGGCUUACAGCUUACUUGGUUUCAAUGAGAAGCUGGGCCUGACUGGAAGACCACCCCGUCCUGUAGGCAGCCUGGGAACAUCCAAAAUAUAUCGUGUCCUAGGUCGCACUGUGUUGUGCUACCCCUUGACGUUCGAUCGCACAGACUUCUACAUGUCGGAGGAUAUCUCACUACUUGUGGAUGACAUAAAGAGCCAAGUUGCAUUUGUACGUAACAGUUGGAAGAUGUCCGGUCGCCCAACCUUUUGUAUUCUAAUUCGUGAAGAUCAUUUUAGAGGAUCCCAGAAACCAGAGAUGCUGGACAUGUUGGUGAUGUUCAAACGUGGUGGGUAUGAUGGCGUACACGUCCGUGUUGAUCGUCUGCAGACUUUGCUUGCAUCCUCAUUUAUUGAACAUCUCGACUUUCAAAUUCCUUUAAGUAUUGAGAGUAGCCUUGAUUUCAGGCCACUUGAAGAGUUGAAUGUUAGUCAUUUCCCAUUGAAGGCUCUGGAAAAAAGAGUGGAAAAACCACAAGAACAAGAUUCGGAGCAAGAAGAUCAGGAUUAUGAUUUUCAUCUUCUUGAUCAUAAAUCAACGUGGGAAAUCACAGAAGAGCUUCAGAAAAAGAAGAGUAUCCGUUGGGAGAGCACUUAUCUUGCGCUGUUGAUGAAAAGAGAAGGUCCGAACCACAUGACUCAGUCUGGAACAGUAGGCAGCCGACUGGAUAGUAUUUAUCGGAAAGCGGGGAUGCAGAAAGACUGGUUCAUAGUGCGGUUCUGCGCCAGUCAUUUGCGCAAAGUACGGGACUCCUUGGCUCCAGCUAUUACCUCUAUGUUGGUCAGAGGAAAGCAGGUAACAAUAGGUGUGUUUGGCCAUGAAGAGGCCAUUAUCACUAAACCACUUCCGCCUGCAGAAAUCGCAUCGAUCCUGUACAAUAAAUGUCAGAUGUACGACAUCCGUGAACCGGUGCUUCAGCAAGAAGUCAUCUACCUACUCGGCAAGUUCAUUUCCAAUGAGCCGCACCUAUUUGACGGAAUGUUGAAGGUUCGUGUUGGCUGGAUUGUCCAUGCUAUGAGGACAGAGUAUGCCUUUGAGAAUGGAACAGCAAAGAGUUUUUACACGCUAUCUCCAAGUCAAAUCAAGGAUGAGCUAUACCGUGUCCUCAGUACAAACAUGAUGAAUCUUGGUGAUCGUAAUUGGAUGGAACGACGAAAGUUGAAUGGUGCCCUCAAUCGCACACCACCAAACUUCUACGAUAAAGUUCUUGACAUUUUGGCACGCACCCCAGCUGGCAUAACCAUAGCUGGAAGCCACCUUCCUCAGCAACCGACCUUAUCGGAAAUGACACGAACAGAUCUGGACUUUGCCCUCCGCAUUGAGGAGAUGCUCUGCAGAAUCAGGCAACCAGAGUACAGACAGAUUAUGGUUGAGCUUCUAACUGUGAUUGCAACCAUUUUAAAGAGAAAUCCAGAGGUAGAAUUCAGCGAGAAGGUUGACAUGGAUGGUAUUAUCAAUGAUGCUCUAUGCGAGUUCCAGAAAGACCGACAAGUAUCUGAAAGCGAGGGAUGUGAGCGGAUGGCAUUCUACAACACUCCAUCUCUUGCAGUCCAAGGCACAACCAGCUACCUAGCAAAAGUGGUGGUGAAGAUGCUGCUUAACAGCAGUAUGGAUAGCAAACAGGCUGACCCCUGUACUGUGAGCUGAGGGACAGUGACUUGUAUCUUGUGGUUUGGGCCUAGGGUCUUCAGAAAACAGCAGAGCUUGUUGUGGUAAUUCCUGUGGAUGCAGCUGAGAUUCAUAUUUGCAGCUAAUUGCAUGUUAUGGCAGCCUAGGCUUAGGUCCAGCUCGUUGGGGUCAUGAUUGCCGCCUAAGUUCUUGUAGUUCAUUCACUAAUUAUGCAGCAUUCCAAGCUUCAGUAUUAACAAAAUAUGACUAAUUGAUAUGCGAGACUAAUUCUAUAUUAUAUUGAUAUUUACUUGCAGUGCUUCCAGUAGAAUUUAGGUCAUAGUAUCAAAGUUACAUGACAAUCAGCUCUCAGUUUCAUAUCAGUGAAGCUUUAAGCCUAAUGGGAUAUGGACAUUAUAACUGCUGAUGUUAUGAACAACAGUCUAUUGGCAGUGUAUACUGCCAAUAUUGAUUGAUUGAAGAUUGGCAGGAUCACUUUUUCAAAGUGCUGUACCAACUAACAACCUUCAAAUUUUCUCUCUGAUAAGAGACCAAAUCCCAAGACCACCACACAUUUUCAGGUCCCAUAAAGGUGUUUUUGAAUUGGAGGCGAUCUGUAAUUUAUUGGAUGAUGUUAUCCAGAUGUGGUAUGACCUUUUGAUUGAGCUACGUUUAGUCAGAGCCUUGGUUGUAAACGUCAUGAUAAUGACAGCAGCGACAUUGGAAUUGGUGACAACUAUGAUUAUUUUAGUGCAAUAAGAUUCUUGAAUCAUUUACCAUUCUGACAAAUUGUAUCUAAUACUUUGAUAUAGUAGAAUAUUAUUUUACUUUUAUUUCAAUGAAGAACAAAUUAAUAUACCGAAAGGUCCACUGAUUAAUCUCAGAUAAGAAAUAUAAUGCAUACUCCAAGUAUUGAAAUACAUGCCAU